UAGGCGCUAUACGUAAUCGCGUGUCCACGCACGGUGAACGCUAGCACUCGUUUGCUAGACGGCCGGCUAGCAAAACGAGUCGAUUUCUCUCGGUGCGCGAUAUCGCGGUAGGAACGGUGGAGGAGAGACGUCGUUGCCCGUCGUGGGAUAUCGGAGGGUACGCACCGUCAACAGCCGAAAGGCGAACGGAACAAAACGGGGGAGUCUCCGGUGGAUCCGAAACGACGACGAAACGGAGCGGCGACGGCGGCGGCGGCAUUGUCCUGCUUGUUUUGUUGUCUCGCGUGAAACGCACAGGUGGAACAGAGAGGAAGAUAUCGCGUUCGUCGAGCGAUCCGAGAGAGGAGUGACGGAGGCGAGCGAGACGGUGUGUGUACGACUAGAGAAGAGGACUGCUUGUUCCGUCGUGUGGAGGAACGCGCUGGCAUAGGUGUACAUACCCGUAAAAGAAGACAGCUCGAGGAAACGCGAGGCGAACCUAAAAGGUAGAAAGAAGGAAAGAAAGACAGAAAGACGGCUAUCCAAUCGGGGAAAGAAAUAAAGCGAGAUAGACAGAAGGAGAACGAACGAAAGAGCGAGAGAGAGAUAGAGAAAGAGAGAGAGAGAGGAACGGUUGUGUCGAGGCAAGAACAGGCUCGCGCGAAAGAGUACGACAGGAACGGAACGAGACGGAAAGGGACAAGAGAUAGAUAGAUAGCUAGAAGAGAAAGAAAGAAAGAAAGAGGAAGAUAGAUAGAGAAAGAGAGAAGGAGGGAGAGAGAGAGAGAGAGAGAGAGCAAUAAAGAGAAGAAACGAAAGGUAGCCCAGUGGUAGAACAGGACACGAGGGAGGGAAGGAAGGAGAGACAGGCACGCGAGGUAACCGCGUUAGAUCUGCGAGCUGGGAGAGCUGCUCGAGCUGCGUGAUCCAAAAUGGCGCUGAACCAGGACGUGGACCAGUUGUCGAAGAGCAAUCUCGUGGUGAGGAUGGACCAGAACUCGGAGUCGGAUCUGCAGGCGUUGUUCGACAGCGUCCUGAAGCCUGAAGCCUCGAAGCGUCCGCUCCAAGUGCCGUUACGCAUGCGCAAUCUGCCGGAUUCCUUCUUCAAUCCGCCGUCGACGGGCAGCAAGAGCCCCUCGAUCUCGCAUUCCCGGGAGAAUUCGGCGGACUCUGCUUUCGGGACAGCGGCGAGCGGCGGCGCGGGGCCGGGGGCCGGCGGAAACGCCGCUGGGACCGGCACGCAGGGCACCGGGUCGGCCUCGGGCCAACCUGCCAGCGGAAACGGCGCCGGCACCGGGACGAACGCCGCAGGUGCGGCCGCGGCCGCGGUCGCGGCAGCCGCCGCCGCCGGCCUCACGGUCGCUCAUCCUCGCGCUCACAGCAGCCCGGCCUCGCUGCAGCAGACGUACGCGUCCGCUCAGCAGGCGCCUCAGCACGCGCCCCAGCCGCACGCGCGUCACCACCAUCAUCAGAAGCAACGCAGCUACGACGUCAUCAGCACGGUCGACGACCUGGGUCCCCUGCCGCACGGAUGGGAACAGGCGCGCACCCCCGAGGGACAGAUCUACUUCCUCAACCACCUGACGCGAACCACGACAUGGGAGGAUCCGCGAAAAACAGCGGCCGCAGCGAACGUGGCCGCCGUCGCCGCCGCCGUCGACAACGGAAAGUCCUCCAGCGCUGUUGCGGACUCCCUGGGCCCGUUGCCCGAGGGAUGGGAGCAGGCCCGCACCCCCGAAGGAGAAAUAUACUUCAUUAAUCACCAGACGCGCACCACCUCCUGGUUCGACCCGAGAAUCCCUACCCAUCUCCAGAGAGCCCCCACUUCCGGCGCCAUGCUACCCCAGAACUGGCUCCAACAGCAGCCCGCAGGGGGUGGUAUCCAGAGCAAUCAAACGUUGCAGGUGUGUCAGCAGAAACUCCGUCUCCAGUCGCUACAAAUGGAACGCGAACGUCUCAAGCAACGGCAACAGGAAAUCAUGCGCCAGCAAGAGUUGAUGCUUCGACAGAGCACCACCGAUGCUGCCAUGGACCCGUUCCUGUCGGGGAUCAAUGAGCAACACGCGCGCCAGGAGAGCGCCGACAGUGGUUUGGGCCUUGGUUCCGCGUACUCUCUUCCACACACGCCGGAGGACUUCCUCGCGAACAUCGAUGAUAAUAUGGACGGCACAAGCGAUGGCGGCGCACCCAUGGAGACACCAGACCUUUCUACUCUGAGCGACAACAUCGACUCGACCGAUGAUCUCGUCCCGUCGUUACAGUUGAGCGAAGACUUCAGUAGCGAUAUUCUGGACGACGUGCAGUCGCUCAUAAACCCCAACACGACGAAACCCGAAAACGUGCUAACGUGGCUGUAGUGUGCGGAGACGGAGAUUGUCUAUGACAGGCAAGCAAUCGAUGAGAUCGACUCGAGACAAACACAAAACAAUCGCAAUUUCAAUACGUCUAAACCGAGCGUAAGGAUUCUGGAGGAUCAUACCAGCCGAGCAACGACUAUUCCACGCAAACGAAAGAAAGUUCAAAAACGGAAACAAAGAAAAGAGAUAAUCGCACGCGUACACCGGAGAAAUAAGGAAACAAGGAAAUUCGAAAGAUUCAAGCGGAGGAGAAGAAGAAGCUAAGGCUUAAUCGCGGUAUCCCCCCUUGAGAACGGAGUCGCGUGUAUAUUAUGGUUUAUGUUUAUACCACAUCGGAACUGCCCGCGGAUAAGUGUCCCAGAAAUAUCGACGCCGAUUCGUCGCAAUCGUGCUUCUUAUUGGGUUCCAGAUUCUGGUGGUAAAAAUGGUAAAAAAGUUCGAAGCCUUGAUUAAUUCUAGUGUUCAUGGCAAGCUUGUCUGUGUCUUCCCGGAGAGAGAUCGUUGAGAGUAUAUCGAGCAGGCCGCAAUUACCGCCCGAGGCUUCGUUUCGAACGAAUCCACUGUGUUUCUUCGUUACCAUUUCUACCUCUCUCGUUACACGUAGAAUAAUGGAUAAUGUUUGUUGGAAUCGAAUAAGGAGGUAUGAUUUCACUAUCUUUUUACACAUAUACAUAUGUAUGCAUAGCAAAAGUGGAAAAGAACCUUAAGGUUUUUGGGACAUCGCGUAUACAUGUACAUGAAAACGUAUACAUACAUACAUGCAUAUGUAUAUAUAUAUA